ACCCUUUUGAUCUGGAGGCACAGGCCAAGAUAGAAGAAGACAUAAGGCAACAAAACAUUGAAGAAAAUAUGACGAUAGCAAUGGAAGAGGCUCCUGAGAGCUUUGGCCAGGUGGUGAUGCUGUACAUCAACUGCAAAGUCAACGGACAUCCAGUGAAAGCCUUUGUUGACUCAGGUGCCCAGAUGACCAUCAUGAGCCAAGCUUGUGCUGAAAGGUGCAACAUAAUGAGGCUGGUAGAUCGACGGUGGGCUGGCAUUGCCAAGGGUGUAGGGACUCAGAAAAUCAUUGGCAGAGUGCACUUAGCUCAGGUGCAGAUUGAAGGGGAUUUCUUGGCAUGCUCCUUCUCAAUCCUUGAAGAGCAGCCCAUGGACAUGCUUUUAGGACUGGAUAUGCUGAAGAGGCAUCAGUGUUCGAUUGAUCUCAAGAAGAAUGUACUAGUGAUUGGCACCACUGGUUCCCAGACCAGUUUCCUCCCAGAGGAACGUCAGAAGCCUUGAUGCAUGUAGUGUGUGUUUACUGCAGCUGGAGUGGGCCACAGACCAGAGAAUAGUGACAAAGAAACUACCUCACUGGGAAUGCCCUCAUUACCAGCUUCUGAUGGGUUUCAAAAUCCAGUCCAGUCUUCAGGACUCAAUUCCAAGAUCUGUAAUCCUGAAAAUCAAUUACUUGAUCGUUCUGUCUCUGCCCCUGCUUCAAUUUGCUCAUCUGAAUCUAGCUGCACGGAGCCCAUUGAUCCUAGAGCCAUCAAGUCCUUUGAGUCUCCAACUGAAUCCCAGAUAACCCCAGAAAAAGAAUAUUCUCUCUUAUUACAGCAUCUUUCUAAUAAUGCUUCCUUGGCAAAUAACAACCCUUCUCCCCAGACAGGGGGAGAAUCCAAUCCAGCUUGCCUUUUACAGAAGACACUCAAAGAAACAUUUAUUGCUGACAGUCUAAAGGAAUGUAACACUGAAGAGCUAGACUAUGGGGAGCAGAAGAAGCAGGCUGAGAGCAAAAGUGUGCCUGACCUGAACUCAGAGACCUUUUCCAUGGAGGUGGAGUCUCUGAAGUCUGCUUCCUCCCUGGGUGAUCCACUUUCCACCAGUGGUAGCCCACAGUCUAACAGCACGAGUGAGGUUCCUGCAAAGUAUGAGUUGUCUAAUUUAGCAGCUGAAGACAGCUCUUCCCCCUCCAGAAUCCAUGGGCUGGACACAGAUCCAGGAAGACCUUCAGAAGAGCCAUGUUUCUCUCUAGCAUCAGCCUUGAAAGAGCUGCACAAACUCCUGGUUAUCAGUCAGAGAGGAGGAUCUGGCUGUGCUGGACUUGCCUCGGGUGCUUCUCCACCACCUGCUUUCCCCGUGGCCGAUGUUGAUCGGAUCCUCAGCGCUGGUUUUACCCCUCGGGAAGCUCUUGAGGCUCUGGAACAAGCAGAUGGAAACACAGAUCUUGCUCUUCUCAUUUUGCUAGCCAAGGGUAUUGUUGUUCCUACCUAA